GGAACCAAGGCUCCAAAGUGUUUGCCAGAGACCUGUCUGCCAGAAAGAGCCAACUGUCAAAGCUGAAGACCGAGUGUAGCAGCAUCAUUUCCGGGACACCUGAGAUUUUGAGUGAGAUAGAGAGGUUUUAUGGGCAGCUGUACACGUAAUCGUUGGAGCUAUACGCAAGUGUGAGUAACGGUCCAAGAGCGAGUUUUAUCCAACACUAUACCGAUGAUAUCCCGGACGUUAGUCUGAGCGAGAUUAGAAUGGCUCUCCAGCACCUUAAAAACGGCAAGUCCCCUGGCGAGGAUGGAAUCACAGCGGAGCUUCUGAAAGCGGAUGGAAAACCGGUACUUGAAGUCAUUCAGAAGCUCUUUAAUUCCGUCCUCCAUGGUGGUACUACUCCGGAGCCGUGGAGCAGAAGUGUGGUGGUCUUGUUUUUCAAGAAAGGCGGUAACGCUCUCUUGAAGAACUACAGACCGAUUUCCUUUCUGAGCCGCGUCUACGUGCUGUUUUCGAGAGUCAUUACGAAUCGUCUCGCACACAGACUUGACAACUUCCAGCCUCCCGAACAAGCCGAUUUCCGAAAAGGCUUUAGUACCAUAGACCACAAAAACACCCUUCAGCAAAUUGUACAGAAGACAAAAGAGUACAAUCUGCCACUUUGCCUUACGUAUGUGGACUAUGAGAAAGCCUUUGAUUCCGUCAAAAUUUGGGCGGUGCUACAGUCCCUUCAGCGGUGCCAAGUUGACUAUCGGUAUAUCGAAAUUCUGAAGUGUUUGUACAGUAGAGCUACGAUGGCUAUCCGAGUACAGAACCAGAGUACGAAACCUAUCCAACUGCAUAGAGGUGUAAGACAGGGCGACGUUGUAGUCCUUAUGGCAGAAUCGCUGGAGGACCUAAGCACUAUGCUCAAUGACCUCAAUAGUGUCUCCCAACGGAUAGGUCUUAAGAUGAACAUGGACAAAACAAAGAUCAUGUUUAAUGUCCAUGUCACACCUAUGCCGGUAGUUGUUGGGAGUACUAAGCUCGAACUUGUUGACGAGUAUGUUUACCUGGGACAAAUAGUCACACAUCUUUUCGUCAGGUAUACCUCGAAACUUGAAAACGAGACUGUACAACCAGUGCGUGUUGCCAGUGAUGACCUAUGGAACUGAGACUUGGUCCUUCACUGCUGGCCGGAUGAGGAAGCACAAUCUUGCUCAGCGAGCUAUGGAGAGGGCUAUGCUCGGAGUUUAUCUGCGUGAUAAACUUAAAAAUGAGGAUAUCCGCAGUAGAACCAGAGUGACCGACAUAGCCCAACGUAUUAGUACGCUGAAGUCGCCAUAUAGCUCGAAGAACCGACAACCGAUGGGGAAAAAAGUUUCUCGAGUGUUUGUCUGUCUGCCUGUCUGUCCGUCUGUCUGUCUGUUUGUCCCGGCUAAUCUCCGAAACGGCUGGACCGAUUUUGACCGGAACUUUACUGGCAGAUAGCUGAUGUCACAAGGAGUAACUUAGGUUACUUUUAUUUUAGAAAAAUAAUUAGGGUUCCGCGCAAGAAAAUUAAAACUCCAAAUAACACGCGGGCGAAGUCGAUACAGAGAUAGAACAGCUAGUAGAUAAUAUAUCUUAAUAUCCCGAAUCAUAUAUAAAGUUCCGGUUAAUGGUAAAAAUCAAUCCAAAACUCUGAAUCCCAUUUAUACAAACGUAAUGUGGAGCGGAAUUUGCCAUUACGAUGAGAUCAACUCUGCCAUCAGCAAAUCGCUUGUGUGGCGAGAAUGGACAAAUAUUAACGACAAUGUAAGCCAAUUGGUGAUUGAUAGCGUAGUGGCUAAGCAUUCGGCUGAGACGCUGCGAGACCUCAGGUUCCAUUCCGGACGGAACAAAUGUUGUAUGGUAUACAAAUAAAAACAAAGUCUAGGUGUUUGUCUAUGUGUAAUUCAUAUAAAUGUAAAACGCCUCUACGAUACAGGUGAAAAUCGUAGUGAGUAGGUAUUUUUAAUAAAAAAUAAUGAACAAGCCCAUUGUACAUAUUAUGCAUGUGUGCAAAGAGCAGCAAAUAAUUUUCGUACUAUAUUAAUUUUAGAUUCAGGUACAUACGAGUACAAAAUCAUUUCCUCGAAGUUCCUAAAAGAAAUCCAUCCGCGGCUGGUCGUUGCUGCUGGUGAUAAGAGGGCUGGUUCUUUUCUUGCUCAAAGACUAAGUAUAGCCAUUCAGCGGGGAAACGCAGCCAGCGUUCUUGGCAUGAUACCGCGGGGAGUAAGACUAUGUAUAUGAUAAUUAAGUUUCUAGUUUUAGUUUUUUUUUUAUAUUAUAGUUUUUAUAGUAGUUUCUUAUUUUCUAUAUUACACAAAAAUAAUUCAGUGAUAUACUUUCAUAUUAUAAUAAUAAUCUUUCAUGAUAAUUCUACCUUGUAAUCAAGUCAAAUCAAAUAUUGAGAUCUGUGACUUUGACGGGGACUUCGAAAUAUAGCUUGAUGAACUGUCGACCGAUGAAGAAGAAAUAUUCUAGAAUGGCAAGCUCGUACUGUCAAGGAGGGUCAAAAAUUAGGGAUUUAAUAUAUAAUUGUAAAUUAAAACUAUAUGCUAAAAAUAUACUCAACAUAAAUUAAUAAAUUAUAGAAAUCAACACGUUUAUUUCAGGUAAGCCUGCUGAUCAACAACGCGGGUGUCGUGUCAGGACAGUACCUACUAGAUACGCCCGACCACCUAAUAAAGAGGACUUUUGACGUCAACGUGUUAGCUCAUUUCUGGACCGUAAAAGCUUUCUUGCCAGCAAUGAUAGAGCAAAAUAAUGGUCAUAUUGUCACCAUAGCUUCGAUGGCUGGUCACGUUGGCGUGGCCAAGCUGGUGGAUUACUGCGCGUCGAAGGCUGCUGCUUGUGGCUUCGACGAAGCGUUGAGAAUUGAACUUGAAGUACGCGGUAUUAAGGGAAUUCAUACUUCGGUCAUAUGCCCCUACUUUAUCCGUUCGACAGGCAUGUUUGAAGAAGUUAAUUCAAGGUUCGUGCCGCAACUGAACUCGAACGAGGUAGCCGAUCGUGUCGUGUACGCGAUCCGCACCAACGAGCACCUCGCCGUUAUGCCGGGCUACUUCCGACUGCUGCUGCCUUUCAAAUGGUUGGUGCCAUGGCCGUGUAUAUCGGAGUUCAUCCGUCGUCUAGUCCCGGAUGCGGCGCCAGCACCGGUAACACCGCCCCGCUCGCGGGAGAGCGAUUCCCUCUCACCGAGCACACACAAGAGCAAGCUCGACUCGCGCCCCAUGUCGUUGGCGCCGCCCGCGCGACACGACCGACACGUCUGACGUCACGUUGCGCCAGAGAAUACAAGCCGCCAACGACGAGGAAUUUUGUCAGAAAUACGUCAUUUGUUGCCGCAUUGCUAACUUGUUUCUUUGAAAUAAGCAAUCGGUAGAUUCAAAUCGACUGUCAAUUUCUUGUGAUAUUAUAAGGUCCUGAAAGACCUUAGCUUAAUUUUAAAAAGUUGGCUAUUGCUGUAGAAACGCAUCAAAAAUUUAAUGUGACUUAUCAAAUCUUUAAAAACACGGGCUUUUUGUUACUUUUUUUACCUAUUUUUUGAUAUUGUGUUUAAAUCAUAGAGUAAAAAUAUUCUAAAAGAACAUAAUUAUAACUUUUAACAAAAAGUAAAAACCGACUUCAAAUUGCUAAAAAAAUGUUAUUUAGUAUAAUAGAGUAUUUUCUCCAAAUUUAUAUGGGACAUUCUUUGAAGCAUAACCUAUUUAAUAAAAAAAUUAUCAAAAUUGAUUCACAAUCGCUAACAUCGCUAAAAAAACACACUCGAAUUGAGAAACCCCGCCUUUUUGAAGUCGGUUAAAAUUUGUAUUUAACUGAAAUUUUUAACCGAGUUUUCUUUGUAAAAUACUAGUAGCCUAUUAACUAUGACAUAAAUUUGACAAAGUUUCUAGUUUUUCGGCAAGCUACUUAAAAUGUAAAUUCUGGGUAUGGAUAGAUAGUAAUGUAUAGUCAAUUACCUUACGAAGGUUAUUUCUUAUGGUAUGGAUUUAAUUAUUAUUUGUGCUUGAAAUUACAUUAUACAAUAUACAAUUGUUGAGGGUGUACUUUCGAGUAACGCGGUUCUAUCGCUGCGGCUGUACCUUCAAAGUCGCCGCGUCAGUAUCACAACGAUUCAGUCGCGAGAUCGACUUCCGAACGAUAUGGCUCCGACGUCAAUAUAAUCACCAUGUUUAAUUCUGACGUUCUAACGUACUGGAAGUCCGACAUUUAAAACUCAUUCGGUGGUGCGGUUGUACCGUUAUAAAACCCAUAAGUUGCAUAAUUUAUAAUGUCUAACAGUUUAGUUAUAUUAAUUAAGUGUUACACAAUAGCAACACCAACUCCAUAAUGUCGUUCUGCCAUAGAUCUUCCGAUGUCAGAGCAACGUUCUUCGGACUUAGUGAUACUCUCUGUUGCUCGCAAGUCCAUCUUAACGUUAUCUCAUUAAACAUACUGUGAUUGAGAAAAUAAUAUAUAUAUUAAUUUAAAAAAAAAAGUUAUACUUAACUUAAAGUUUUGAACCGAAUUUAAAUUAUUUAAAUCUACGGCAUUAUAUGUAUGAAUCCAACUUUUAUAUUCCUAAAGGAAUGGAUUCUUUCAGCAUGAAAUAUUUGUACCGGGUAUACAGUGAUUAUUAAAUUACAUUUUAUAGAACUGGAAUGGGUAUUAGAAAAUUUAUGCUUUACAUAUUAUGUAAAGCAUAUGUUAAAAAUUCUAAUUAUUUUAUGAAUGUAAUAUAUUAUAAGAGUUAGAAGUUUAUUUUAGUUACUUACCUAGUUUAUGCAUAUUAACUUGCGUUAAGUAAUGUACAGCAGAGACUGUAGUAUUAAGUCGAAUUAAGAGAUUUCAGAUGUGAUGUUUAUAGAUCUUGAAUAGUUUUAAGUUAAACUAUUUCAACCAAACGUGUAUUGAUAAUGAUAUUAUUUUGAAGUAAUAUUGUCCUCUUUAUAUGUAAUUUUAUAAUAGUUUUAAUUCGGACAGCGUCUUCCUUUUUAUGGAUUAAUAUGUAGUCAAAAUUUUACAUAAAAAUAAAAUUAUAUAAAUAAUUUAUGUUCUAAAGACAACGUUCCCUAUUAGAGCCAUAGAUUUGGUGUAAACUGACGUUAGAAAUUAGAGAUAUUAUCGAAUUU